UCAAACAGGAGGUUUCCGAUUACGUCGUGCGAUGGGUUUUAUUGCAAACCUACUAGAGAUGAUUAGUCUUGGGUUUGGGGGCGCUCUGCUUUAUUGCUGUUCAUAGGCUACCUCGUCCAUUUGACAAGAGCCAAAAAUCUCUUGCCAUGCAAGAAAGAGACGAUAUAUAUUUCAAUGACUUGUCUCGGUAAUUUAGCUAAUCAAUUACGAAACCGUUCGAGCCUAUAACACCCCAGCGAUAUCCGAGAAGACGGCGGGCACGCGCACGACACGCGCGAGCACAGCUGUAGGCUACAAGGACAGCCGCUCACACUGAGCGUGGCAGAGAAGUGCGAACGGACAGAACCUCGGACCCGCGGCGGGAGCAGGCGGACGACAUACACACAUACAGCGCGACAUGUAGGCGAGCUAUUCUUUUUAGACAAAACGGCAAAUAGCCGUGACUGACUGAGAUUGGGGAUACUCUGCUCAAACCACAGUACCAUAAAAAAGGAGGAUCUACCUCAGUACACCAAACGAGAAAAGAAUUAGGGAGAUGACCAAAUGAAGAGAAGAGCUUGAAAAACCAAUUAAAAGAGAGAAUCUAAAAGAACUGAUGAUAAGCUUAUACGCCAAUAGGGAUUGUGGGUCGGUGACUCCGCACAUUCUGCCGCAGUGCAUGUGAAUGUAGUCGCAUUACAGCGGACAGUCUUUCAUGUAGCUGUGCGGGACAGUGGGCAGUGAGAAUCGGAUCGGGGAAAGAGGGACACAUCAAUCCUCCGACAGCGGGGGGAGACGCGAGCCGGCUCCGCGGUGUGAUCUUACACAAUGCGGCUCUUUCUGCUGGCCGUUUUCUUCUCGUGCUCCUGGGCACGAGGAGGUUGCGAACCAAAGAUCGUGAACAUCGGCGCCGUCCUGAGUCAGAAGCGGUACGAGCAGGUGUUCAAGGACGCCGUCACACAAGCCAACCAGCUGUACGGAAGAGAUAAAUUCAAGCUGAACGCUAUCUCAGUCACCCACAAACCCAACGCUAUUCAGAUGGCGCUUUCCGUUUGCGAGGACCUCAUCUCCAGCCAGGUCUACGCGAUCCUGGUGAGCCACCCGCCGCAGUCCAAUGACCACCUCACCCCCACGCCUGUGUCCUACACUGCAGGGUUCUACCGCAUCCCUGUGGUGGGGCUCACCACCCGCAUGUCCAUCUACUCAGACAAGAGCAUCCACCUGUCCUUCCUGCGCACUGUGCCACCCUACUCCCACCAGGCGCAUGUGUGGUUCGACAUGAUGCGUGAGUUCCGCUGGAACCACAUCAUCCUCAUCGUCAGCGACGACCACGAGGGCCGGGCGGCCCAGAAGAGGCUGGAGACCCUGCUGGAAGAGAGGGAGACCAAGAAUAAAAAAAGGAACUAUGAAAACCUCGACCAACUGUCCUAUGACAACAAGCGAGGACCCAAGGCAGAGAAAGUUCUACAGUUCAACCAAGACACAAACUUAACCGCGCUCCUUCUGGAGGCCAAAGAGCUGGAGGCUCGGGUCAUCAUCCUUUCCGCCAGCGAAGAGGACGCGGCAGCAGUGUACAAGUCCGCCCGCUACCUCAACAUGACGGGCUCCGGUUACGUGUGGCUGGUCGGAGAACGGGAGAUGUCCGGUAAAGCCCUUAGUGAAGCGCCAGACGGUCUGAUUGGCCUCCAGCUCAUCAACGGGAAGAACGAGUCGGCGCACAUCAACGACGCUGUGGCGGUGGUGGCCCAGUCCAUCCAGGAGCUGUUCGAGAAGGAGAACAUCACCGAGCCGCCCCGGGGGUGCGUGGGCAACACCAACAUCUGGAAGACGGGGCCUCUCUUCAAACGAGUUCUGAUGUCAUCCAAGUACCCAGAAGGCCUCACGGGACGUGUUGAGUUCAAUGACGAUGGAGACAGAAAGUAUGCCCAUUACAGCAUUCUCAACUACCAGAAAAGCCGACUAAUACAAGUUGGAAUCUACAACGGCACACAAGUUGUGCUGAACAACCAGAGGAAGAUCAUUUGGCCUGGCGGAGAGACGGAAAAGCCAAGAGGAUUCCAGAUGUCCACUAGACUAAAGAUAGUGACCAUUCACCAGGAACCCUUUGUGUACGUCAAACCAACCUUGCAGGAUGGAACCUGCUUAGAAGAAAUUACACCAAAUGGAGUCUUGAUAAAAAAGGUGAUCUGCACUGGGCCCAAUGAGACCAUCCCAGGUAACACGACAGGACGCCCAAUCGUUCCACAGUGCUGUUAUGGCUUCUGCAUCGACCUCCUCAUCAAGCUGGCAAUGACAAUGAAUUUCACUUAUGAGGUGCACCUAGUCGGCGACGGGAAGUUCGGGACGCAGGAGCGGGUAAAUAACAGCAAUAAGAAAGAAUGGAAUGGUAUGAUGGGAGAGCUACUGGGCGGCCUGGCGGACAUGAUUGUGGCUCCGCUUACCAUAAACAAUGAGCGAGCUCAGUACAUCGAAUUCUCCAAACCUUUCAAGUACCAGGGUCUCACCAUCCUCGUCAAAAAGGAAAUCCCGCGCAGCACGCUGGACUCGUUCAUGCAGCCUUUCCAGAGCACGCUGUGGCUGUUGGUGGGUCUGUCGGUGCACGUGGUGGCGGUGAUGCUUUACCUACUAGACCGGUUCAGCCCGUUUGGGAGAUUCAAAGUAAAUAGUGAAGAAGAAGAAGAAGAUGCCCUCACCUUGUCUUCCGCUAUGUGGUUCUCCUGGGGAGUACUGUUGAACUCUGGGAUUGGAGAAGGCGCACCGCGCAGCUUCUCAGCGAGAAUCCUUGGCAUGGUGUGGGCUGGGUUUGCCAUGAUCAUUGUGGCUUCCUAUACUGCCAACCUGGCUGCCUUCCUGGUGCUGGACCGGCCUGAGGAGCGUAUCACUGGCAUCAACGACCCACGGCUGCGUAACCCCUCCGACAAAUUCAUCUACGCCACGGUGAAGCAGAGCUCUGUGGAUAUCUACUUCCGGCGGCAGGUGGAGCUCAGCACCAUGUACCGCCACAUGGAGAAGCACAACUACGAGAGCGCCGCCGAGGCCAUCCAGGCCGUGCGCGACAACAAGCUGCAUGCUUUCAUCUGGGACUCUGCGGUGCUGGAGUUUGAGGCCUCGCAGAAGUGCGACCUGGUGACCACGGGAGAGCUGUUUUUCCGCUCGGGCUUUGGCAUUGGCAUGCGCAAGGACAGCCCCUGGAAACAGAACGUGUCCCUGGCAAUCCUCAGUUCCCAUGAAAAUGGCUUCAUGGAGGACCUGGACAAAACCUGGGUGAGAUACCAGGAGUGUGACUCCAGGAGCAAUGCCCCAGCCACACUCACCUUUGAGAACAUGGCAGGUGUGUUCAUGCUGGUUGCUGGAGGCAUUGCGGCAGGCAUCUUCCUCAUCUUCAUCGAGAUCGCCUACAAACGCCACAAAGACGCCCGCAGGAAGCAGAUGCAGCUGGCCUUUGCGGCCGUCAACGUCUGGAGGAAGAACCUGCAGGACAGUAAGGAAGCCACAGGGAGUCAAGUUGCGGGCUCUUCCGGGACUCCAACAUUACCCUCUUCCUCUGUAGAGACUCAGGAUGAUAGGAAAAGUGGUAGAGCAGAGCCCGACCCCAAAAAGAAAACCUCUUUUAGGUCCAUCAGUACCUCCCUGGCCUCCAGCAUCAAGAGACGUAGGUCCUCCAAAGACACGCAGUACCCACCGACCGACAUCACGGGCCAGCUGAAUCUGUCGGACCCGUCCGUCAGUACGGUGGUGUGAGACGGCUGCUCGAACCCGAGACAGAGAGAGAGAGAGAGAGGGAGUGGGGGGUGUGGGAGGAAGGGCGACGGCGGACGCCUGGGUCGUGGAUCCUCCUCUCCGGAGCUGUGACCGCACCCCCUUCCCUGAGUCCAUCAGAGAGAAGACACCAGGAGCCCCCCCCCCCAAUCCCCCCAUCCCCAAAUGCCCCCGGAAACCACCCUCGCUGAGCCUCAGAGAGGAACCUCGCUCCACAUCGCACUGAGAUGCUGGAGCUCGUCAGAGCCCAGCCACACACACGCACCGAGCACCUGCUCUGCUGUGUGACUCUGCUCACUUCCCCUUCAUACUUUAUUUACUCUGUGUGGGCAUUGAGAUGUUAGAUACAUCAGUGCAAAAAAGAAAAAAGACAUCUGUCUAAAAAACCUAGAUCUAUGAGAAAUUUGUUGAUCACUGUAUUUAUAAAACAUGGAACUGGCUGUAAGUACUGAAAAAAAAAUGCUGUUCAAGCAUUUUCACUCAGUUCUGACUCAAGAACUGACAUUUAGGAUCCUAUAUUUACGAAGCAUUUAUUAGGUAACCUAUAAUGUGUAUUGAUAUUGUUUUGGUGAAGAAUACCUGUUGUUUUUAAUUCCACAUAUCUAAAUAGUUUAGAUAUGUAUUUGUUAAAAUGGGCAAGCUUUAGUAUUGAGAGUGUAAGCGUACAGUAUGAGUAACUAAACCACAUUGGUAGAAAUCUGAGCAUGCUGCACCCUAAGUACUAUGGUGCAAAUAAAAGUUUAGUGCUUUCUUUGUUCAGACAAUAGUUUUUAAACAUUUGAACUCCGGGUAGUUCAGUUGCUUAGUUGCACUUUGCAGUUUUUAGAUUUCCACUGUCUGCUGUAUAUUCCUUUUAUUCGGUAUAAUCCUUCCCUUCCCACGCAGCAGCACUUUGUCUGAAGUGAAUUAUGUGUUUGUUCUUUAGCUCCAGACUUUUGAGUAUUUAUGCAAUGCAAUGCAUGGUUGUUAUUUCAAGCAGUUUUCAGAAGUGGGUACUAAGAAACUAAGUACUCUAGGUAUUAAGUACUGACCAAGAUCAAUUUUAUUGUAUCCGGUUUGCUGUACCCUACUGGAAUUUAGAUUUUGUUGGACUUAGUGGACUUAGCCACUUGUGCUUGCCCUGGCCAUGAUAGUGGUUACAUUUUAACAGACACCUAAUAAUGCUUCCGAUUGGAAAAUGAGGCUUCACGAGGCCCAUGAUGGGUGGAGCUACCUUGUGCUGUCAAUCACCAACUUGCAUGAACCAAUCAAAAGACUUUGCUCUCCCUGAAUGCUGCGAAAUGAAGUAAAACUCCACAUCAUUGACAGCACACGGUAGCUCCACCACUUUUGGGGUUCGUGAAGCCCCACUCUCUGAUCACUAUAGAUUGUAUUCAGAAGAUUGCAGAUGUGUACAUAUUUUUAAAAAUAUUGUAUUGUGAUUUAAAUUAGGAUCCGUUUCUGAUAAUGGUGCACCUUUGCCAGUCCUGUUGUUUUGGCUUCCCCUCUCUCUCUAUUGCAUACUGUGCAGACUUUCUCAGCUCCAGUUCCGGCGGUGCAUCAAAGGGCCAGGUUUUCUGUCCAACCAGCACUUGGAUCUUUCAUGCAAAAAAACAUCUUUGACAAUUUUUUGAGAUUUUUUUUUACAUGAAACGAGAACAGGUGAAUUUUAAGCAGAGUUGACAUUUGUUCUUUAGUCUUCACACUUGGUUAGAUGCAAAACAGGCCAUUUCCCAAGCUCUGGAGCUGAGAAACCUUCCCACUGCUGCAUGUUAAAAGACUACUUGAUGCACAUCAUCCCUUAUAAAGUCCACUACCCUAGAUUUUAGAUGCAGCACUUUAAUGUGGGGGCUUUGCUAUGUGAUUCCUGUGAGAAAUUAUGAAUGUGAAAUGUAUGAUCAAAAGUAUGUCUUCUUUGGUCAGAUCUGAAUGCAGUUAUUAUUUUAUACUCUCAUUAUGUGUACUUUAUGAUGUGAUUUACAGUCAGAUCUGAUACAUGGGUUUGGAAAAAAAAUAAGGUGUGCGUGCCUGACAUUGGAGGUUUAUAACUGAAAUAUGAGUUUUAGUUUGUACUUACACCAUAGGCUGAAUUCUUUAAUUAGGUUCCUUUAUUAAUCUUCAAACUGACAUGCAAAAACAGCCUAAAUUAUUUGAGAGAGUAUUUUGCAAUAUCAGUGAGACCUGAGGAACAGGUUACCUCCUUUCACUUUUUCCACUAAAUAUAUGCAUGUGUGUUUAUUGAUAUUCAUGUUUAUCAUUAUGGACUGAUUUAUGUGUGCCGGUUGAUCAUGCGCAACAUGUAGUUGGCACAUCCCAGUUUAGGUCCUCUACAAACGUGUUUUGAAUGCAGUGUAAAUAUAGAUUCGUUUAGCAUUUUUUUUUAAUAAUGAGAAGAUAGUGAAGCGUUCGCGAUGGCCUGCUAAAGAGAAUGUCACGUUUCGGCCAUUAGUUUGUUUUUGAUACACCGCGUUGAAGAGAAGACGUGCUUAUUUAUUAAGUUAUUGUAUUUAUUAUUUAAUUAUUUAAAGGCCACGUUUGUUGAGCUUUCAUUUGGUCAAGAGAAUGCAUCCAGCCUUUCAGAUGAGAAAUAUUUGUACCAAAAUGCAAGUGUAAAUAAUUGAAUUUAUAUGUGCCAAUAAAAAGGUAUUUGACAAUGCAUUACAUGCAUUU